CGUGAAGUAUAGUAUCGUGGUUAGACAGUUCAAAGGAGCCUUUCAACAGCAAUGAAUCUCAGCAUUCUUGUGCUGCUGUGUGCAUUGAUCCUGUCCUCAACCACAGCGUCGUUUAUGAACUAUUUCUCCGACGAUGCGACGGCAGAUAUCGCCUCCAUACGACUGGAAAUGGAAGCUCUCGCCAACGAAUUGAAGAGCUCCAAAGAAGACUCGAAAAAAUUGAACACGCGACUUGGAGCCUUGACCCGCCAGAUGAUGUUGCAACAACUUUUCAUCGAGGAACGUCUUCGGUCGGAGGGGCAGUCGGGCGUUAAACAGACGCGAAAUGGGAAAGGGGGAACCAAGUCCUAUUACCACAACUCACACGGUGGCAGAAGAAUUGUUGCAAUUCAUGAUCAUUCGAAUAACAUUCGAACGGUAGGAAUGGGUGAGUUCAUCGGGGUUUUGAACGGGGUCGAGUUUCGUACCCGGCAUAAUGACUACCGGCUGUACAUGCCCAGCAGUGAUUCGAGUGAAUUUCACAAAACCGAAGAUCUACCCUUCCCAGAAGUCCCGUCCCAGGUGACAAAUAAAUCCGUCAUUGCAGAACAAGUCGAGGAGAUGGUGGAGUGGUUCAAGGCGUGGAAAAAUGAAGAUCACAGUGUACGAGAUUACCGGAAGUACUUUAAACCAGUUUUGUGCUACCUUGAGGGAACAUGGACGAAGAAUUCGAAGAAUAUCGACGAACCUUUUGAAAGCGACCGCCAUUUUGUUGACGCAAGCAGCUGGUUCGAUCUUCAGGAGAAAAUCCGUUUCACGUCUUACAACGGACGCAAAGACAACUCGGAGAAUCUCGCCUACCUUCCAACAACGAUCAUGGAAACUGUAGAUGAAACUACGGCUGUUUUUGCCCAGUGGAAUUACCGUAUUUUAUGUCAUCCUCUGAAAGACUAUCUUCCAGUGAACAGGUUACGCAUGGUAGACGAACUGGCAUCCAGGCUUGCAUCGAAGCGCACGGUCGAAGAACAACUACAGACCCGCGCAGCCCGGUUUCAAGUCAACCCUAAAGACAAAGAUACCUGGAAGGAUGGUGUAGGGCAAUAUGGCCUACUCGAUGAACUCAUGAGCCAGAUCCCCGGUAAGGACAAUUACCCGGCGAACAUUGUUGACGACGCCUUGGGCCAAGUAGCGUAUUCGCUGGAUCCCAAGAAAAAAGACCAGAUAUUGAAUGCUGGGUAUUAUCACCGCUGGUACAAGGUAAAGGAAAAAGGAGCCAUGGGUGUUCAGACGCGACAUCGCGGGUUUUCUGAUCCGAAUCUUUUUGUGGCGAUGACAAAACAGCCCAACGUCGCAGGCAUGAAACUGAACGUUUGCAAAGAAGAGGGAGAUGAAAAUAUAUGCACAAAAUACGAGCAAAAAGUGUCGUACGCGAUACCGCUGGAGAUAAUCUACCUCACACCGCUGAACAGAUGGAAUCCAUACAAUCUCUCCUACAAAGGAGAUCAGCGCAGCGACGAGGGUAAGACUGUGACGGCCAACAAACGUGAUGGCGGAAAAACGCCAUUGAAGGCCUACGAUGGCAUCAACAGCAAAAUAUACUACAUCACCCCGAACGAAUUUUUCGAGGGCACUGAAACUCAUGUCGAUGCCGCUGACACAACGCAAGGCUCGGUUGGGGUCUUAGAUCAGGACGGGGAAGUGCGCAUGGUCCGGGCAUCCGGUACCCGAAUAUUCCUUCCAAAUAUUCCAGGAGUUGGUAUACUUAGAACAAGGUAUCCUAUUAUGCCAAUACACGCAGAAGGUUCUACUGCCUGGAAAGAGAUACAAGCCGUUGGAGAUUUUGUCAUGCAGUCUGGCACGCAUGCGCACCUCUUCCGUGAGAAAUUGGCGGCGCAGGAAGGUGCGACCGCAAAAUAUUUGCCAGAGGAAAACACCGAUGUGGUUUUACGAACCGGGAAAGCAACACUGGGCGGCAUUCAUUAUCACGAAGUCACUCUGAGUGCAGAGCAAGUGAGCAUGCUUAAAACCGGAGGCGAAGUUACCAUGGAAACGAGUCUCUUCGAAGAUCAUCAGCACACAAUCACUAUCAAAUGGAAAAAAACAAAGCAUUUCUACAUGGCGUGGUGUGAUUCAACACCAGAGAUAACAAAACCCUUCAAGGCGAAGUGUUUUGAUAAACACUUAGCGGUUAUGACUGUAGUCCAGAACGUAUAAACGGAAACAGAAGACCUUAUCGUUUUUAUCUUUCUUGAUUCAAUGACCUAGCUUUGUGUCAAGUAUUUAGUCACGUUUCUUUCACAUUAGGAUCAAAUAAUUACACGAUAUUGGAUAUAGGACAAAUAAAACACAAAUUCGCCGGUAAUACGUCCAUGUUCUGCAAUUCCUAAAUACACGAGUUUAAUCCUUGGGAUUAGGUUAGGAUUAGGGUUUAAUUUAAUCCACAACCAAACCCUUAUGCUAAUCUAAUCUCUCAAGGAAUAAGUUCAUGUAUUUAAGCUUAACUAAACAUUGAAUCAUGACACAGAAAAUAAGAAAAAUUCAACGUGAGUUUGUCCUGCCAGCAGUUGCAAACAUGAGCGAUAUAAUUAGAUGAAAAGGUAAAUAGGAUGAGGUCUUUUAGCUUUGAAUUAGUUUAGAAACAAAUGCAAUAUUAACAUGGAAUGGUAGAAUGUAGAUUACGUAUAAUUGUAACUUUCUGAAAGUUAAUUCCUUAAAUAA